AUGUCAGCAACCAGAUUCUUCCGACUCUUGACUACUCUCGCGAUGUCGUCAUCGUCAUCCUCAUCCUCUUGGUCCUGCACCAAAUGUACAUUCCUCAAUUCUCCUUCUCAGAAGCUCAAUUGCAUGAUCUGCUUGACUCCCCUCUCCACCCCUUCUCCCCUCUCAGCUUCCUCCAGCGACGAACCUAAAUGGGCGUGUAAAGGCUGCACCUUUCUGAACACGUACAAGAACUCAUCCUGCGAAAUCUGCGGGACGCGAUCGCCGUCGUCUUCUUCUCUCCUGGGCUUCGACGAUUUGACCGAUUCGGGUCUCGAAAGCAACAACAACUCCGUCGGGUCCGUUUUCUUUCCUCUGCGGCGGUGUAGCAAGCGCAAGGCCAUGGAAGAUGAUGACGUCAUCGAGGUUGAUGGUGGCUCUGUGAAGAAAAGAAACGAAAUUGAAUCGAAAGGGGAAGCUUCUGGUUCAGGAACAGCUUUGUCUUGUGUGAAGAUUUUGACUUACAAUGUUUGGUUCCGUGAAGAUCUUGAGUUGAGUAAUAGGAUGAGAGCGAUUGGUCACCUUAUCCAGCUCCAUUCUCCUCAUCUCAUAUGCUUUCAGGAAGUUAUCCCUGAGAUAUAUGAGAUUUUCCGCAAAUCCAACUGGUGGAAAGAGUAUACUUGUUCUGUCUUAGUCGAUGCGUCACAAUCAAGAGGCUACUAUUGCAUGCUGUUGAGCAAGGUGGGGAUGAAGUCUUCAAGCUGUAAAAGCUUUAGGAACUCGAUCAUGGGUAGAGACUUAUCCGUUGCAGAGGUUGAAGUUCCGGGGAGAAAGCCGCUUGUUCUGGCAACGAGCCAUCUCGAGAGCCCCUGUCCAGGUCCUCCUAAAUGGGACCAGAUGUUUAGCCGAGAACGCGUCGAACAAGCCAAUGAGGCCAUGGAGUCUCUCAGAGCUAACCCCAACGUGGUAUUUGGGGGAGAUAUGAACUGGGACGACAAGCUAGAUGGGAAGUUUCCUUUGCCGGACCAAUGGGUUGAUGUUUGGGAGGUUUUGAAGCCAGGUGAUCCCGGUUUUACGUACGACACUAAAGCGAACCCGAUGCUGUCUGGUAACCGAGCUUUGCAGAAGCGGCUAGACCGUUUUUUCUGUCGGCUGGAUGAUUACAAGCUUGGUGGGAUCGAGAUGGUUGGGAAAGAGGCGCUUCCUGGUUUGUCCUAUGUGAAAGAGAAGAGAGUGAGGGGUGACGUCAAGAAGCUGGAGCUUCCAGUGUUGCCUAGCGAUCAUUUUGGUCUGCUUUUAACUCUUUUGCCGAAAUGAGUUCAAACUAUCGGAGCUCGAAAUUCCUUUUUUCCCCUCGUGGAACUUCUGUGAUACUGAUAAGCGGUUUUAGCUUCUUCUUUGUGUUUUGUUUUGGAAAGUCUUCAUUUCCUUAUUUGAACUGAAAGAUCAGUCUUGAGUCCAGCUUUAGCUUUUGUAAUGAAAAGUAUGAAACUAAUCAGUGUUAAACACUUUGAUAAAAAAAAAAAUCAGUGUUAAACACAUGAGAGUUUGAUUA